UAGAAAGUGAGACGCAAACAUCAGACGUCCCAAUGUGCCUUUAUGACAGAAAACAAAACGACAGUUCGAGUUUUAAUAAGGCGGCCACGCAGUUUAUUUAAUGUGGAACACCCUGCAAAGGCGAGAUGGUUCGGUCUGUAGUAGGUGGGACUGCCGAGCGGUCUGCAGCAGGACGUCGUAGAUCAAUGAACCGGACCGGAGGGUUGGUCCAUCGCCUGGUGUGCAUCUGACUGUAUUAUAGAUGUGUCAGUAUAUCUAUCAAAGACCGAGGCUUUUUUUCGCUGUUAACCAUCCUGUUCAGUAUGUGGAUAUUAUAAAGCAACCGGUUCUUUUAGAAGCCUCUCUCACCGCUCGAUUUCCGUCUCUUGUGGAUCAUCGUUGCAAAUUUUUGUGGGGGAAUUAAAAUACAUCUGUAACCUCCAGGAUGAUCUUUGCAAACACAGGCAACCCGCUGAAGACAGCCAAUCGUAAACAGUCCUACCCCAUGACUCCGUCCAGUCCCAGCAGCAGCAGCAACAGCAGCAGCACAGGCCUGGAGCAGCUCAGCAAAACCAACCUUUACAUCCGUGGCCUGCCUCCUGCUACUACAGAUUUGGAUCUGGUUAAACUCUGUCACCAGUAUGGAAAGAUUCAGUCUGCAAAGGCAAUCCUGGAUAAGACAACCAACAAGUGUAAAGGUUAUGGUUUUGUCGACUUCGACAGCCCAGCUGCUGCUUUAAAGGCGGUACAUGCUCUAAAAACCAGCGGCAUACAGGCCCAGAUGGCCAAGCAACAAGAGCAGGACCCCACAAAUCUUUACAUUUCCAACUUGCCUCUCUCUGUGGAUGAGAAAGAGUUGGAGAAGAUGUUGCAGCCCUUUGGCCAGGUGGUCUCCACUCGAAUCCUCCGAGAUUACAGCGGUAACAGCCGAGGAGUUGGCUUUGCCAGGAUGGACACAACGGAGCAGUGUAAUGCUGUCAUCUCCCACUUCAAUGGAAAGUUCAUCAAGUUAGCUUCCGGAGCUUUGGCCCCAUCUCAGCCCUUGCUGUGUAAGUUUGCAGACAGCCAGAGGAAGAAACAUGCUCACAGUGGAUUUGUCCCCAACGGACAGACAGCCGAUCUCAGACUAGGUGCAAUGACUCUCACCUAUGACCCGUCCUCGGCAGCCAUACAGAAUGGGUACUAUCCUUCUCCGUAUCCAGUGACUAACAGGAUAAUGACUGUGCAGCCCACAAUGUCUCCCUACAUGUCUCCAGUCUCUGCUUACCAGGUGCAGAGUCAUUCUUGGGUGGCACAUCAACCAUACAUCAUGCAACACCCGGCUGCUGUGAUGUCUCCCUCUGUGGAUCCCUCCAUGUCACUGCACCCCACAGCCAUGAUAACUCAGCAGAUGGGCCAACUGUCACUGGGAAACACUGGAGCAUAUAUUGCUGCCAACCCCAGUGUCCAGGGAGCUUACAUGCCUCAGUAUCCUCCCAUGCCGGCAGCACCUGAAAACGGCACGCCGCAGCAAGUGGAUUCUUCCAACAACUCGUCUCCUUACAGUCAACUCAGCAAGUAACACACAGGACACAUUACUGCUCUGUGAGCCAGAAGGCAGGUGGGAAGUUGCUGAUGACAUCGCAGGGAUAUGAUAUCCACUGCCUGCUCUGAUUGGACCAGAUACAUGAACUUUUUUUGCACAGCCCCGACAUUUGUAGUGGAAAUUGAAAUGUGGAAAUGGACUCAAGCAGUUGGUUAAUCACAGAAAAAAAGAAGAAGAAGAAGAAGAAGAAGAAAAAAAGAAAUUUAGAUUUAUUUUGAUAAGAAACAACAUGAUCUUCUUUUUUCUCUUUUUCAAUGAUUCUCAAACACAUCAGAGAACUCUCCCCCCCCCACCCCACAACCCCACCAUGCUCCCUCCCCAUCCAAGUAUGAAAUGACAUCAAAAUGCAUGAGACUGAGAUAUUUUCCCCCUUUGAGGUGUCCAUAAUUUUAGAGUUCCUUUCUUUGUGGUAAAUGAAAAACUUUGCAGAUCUUCUUUGCACUGAAGUUUGAAGUUUCACAGUAACUUCAUUUUGGUUUUCAAAGUUGCCACAGAAGCUCGUAAACCUUGUCCACGUGCAGCUGAACGUGACAGCUGACACAGACAACCAUUUCAUUAGGAAAUUAAUGAAUUUAUUAUUGGAAACUGUGCCUUCCUUACGUGACAUCAAACAUUCUCCAACAUUUUAUCAUAAUACUUAAUCAGGUGUCAUACUUUUAUUCCAAUUGAUCAAAUGUGUGUGUGAAAUCAUGCACAUUUCCAUCGAGUGUUUCGCUAUCUAGUCAUCUGGUAGCAAUAAAGACAAUGAGAGUUCCACGACAAUACUGAGAAGAAAAAAAAAAAAAGCAAAAAGGGUGACAAAUUCAGAGCAAGGUAUUUCCUUAUUUUCUUAUUUCCUUUUUUUUAAAAAAAAAAAACAUCAAGAUCUAACACAAAACAAGAGCUGUACUUUUAUGAAAUUACAAGUUUUACACCCAAUGGGCAUAUUUUAGGAGGGUUUGCUUUUCUCCUGUGGUCAGUUUGACCAAUAAUCUACCUCAUGGUUCUGCUGGAGUCAGCUGGCGUUGUGGGGGGGUUUGCAGGUAAAGCCCCCUUCUCACUAGACACGACGAAGCAGACCAGAAGCCACGCUCAGGAGCUGGCUGAACAGGAUUUCUGCCGUUUGUUUCCCACAUGCAGCGUUUCUCCUAAACUUCAAAAGGAAAAUACUUUUUUUUUUUUUUAUUUACAUUCUUUUUUGUCUUUUAUUCUGUUCUGUUGUUUCUUUUCUCAACAUAACUGUUGUUCAGCUGUGAUGCUCUAUUUUAGAAAUUCAAAAACAGCUUCUCUGUAAAACAAUUGGUUUCCUUACAGCUUGAAACAAAGAAAUGCAAGCUACACGUACUGUUCUGACUUCUACCGAUCUUACUCGUCCUGUUUCUGGAAAGCUCUCCAAAAAUAACCCUAAAAUGAAGCCAAAUUUUGGUCAUACAGCAGUUGUUAAAGCAUGUACAUGCCAAACUAUUUGGAUGAGCAAAAAGAAAUACCUGAAAUCUGGUUUGUGCAAAAUAUACAGCAAUCAUGUAUAAAGUACCUAAAAAAAAAAAAAAAAAAAAAAAGCAAUACUUUGUUGAAAUUUCAUGGUUGCAAAAAAUCUAUUUCUUGUGGAUUCUAUAAAUAUAGGGCCAAAACUGAAAAGCAAGUGAGUUGUAUUGUUUACUUUGCUCUUUUUUUCCUUUAAUGAUUUCUAAUGAAAGACCACUACACUACCAUGACACAAGUACAAUGGUAAACACGUUUGGUUGCGAUGCUUCUUCCCUGAUCAGUUGUACUGAGGAGUAAAUGCUGACCUUAAAAGAAAAAUACAGCCAAGCUUUUACUGAGUGUACUUUCCCUUUUCUGAACAUUUGUUGCUGGAAAAAAAACGUAAAAAUGAACGAAAAAAAAAAAAUUUGUUAUCCUUCUUGCUUCUUCUUGUCACCUUCUACUGAUUCUAAACGAUCCUCUCCUUGCUCUCUCCUUUGAAAACAUUGGAAAAAAACAGUGCUGAAUAAAAUGCUCUUCUCUUUCUCA